AUGGCUUCCACACCUAAGAAACCUAUCGCAGGUGCCUCCUCGGCGUCAAGUCCAGGUUCUGUGUCGUCGACGCCCUCAAAGAGAACAAGUGAAGGUGGUGGUGGUCCUGCCACUACCUGCCAUGUAACUGUCAGAAUAAGGCCGUUGAUGUCUGAUGAAAUUUAUGGAAACCAAUUCAGUGCAUGGGAAGUGGACGAAAACACCAAUAGAGUCGGAACUUCGUCCGAGUUCAACGAGAGAAACAGAUUCAACAAGGAACAGCCAGAGUUCUUUUACGAUGAGGUGGCUACUGGCAGUGACAAUCACGCGCUGUACUCGAGUGCUAUCAAAGAGCUCGUUAUUGCAACAAUGGAAGGAUAUAGUGGAACUACGUUUGCGUAUGGUCAAACGGCUUCUGGAAAGACGUAUACCAUGAUGGGAACAGAUACGGAGCCUGGUAUCAUUCCUCAGGCGGUUGAUGAUGUGUUUACUUACAUUCGUGAACAACCUUCUGAUCGUGAAUACUUGCUACGUGUGUCGUAUAUAGAAAUCUACAAUGAGACUAUUCGAGAUUUACUUGCACCAGAUCAAACGGAUUUACGCAUUCAUGAAGAUCGCAAGCGAGGUGUCUAUGUAUCGCCACUCAAAGAAGAAAUAGUUACAACACCAAAACAAGUCAUGAAAGUUAUUGCUCGUGGUGAACAGAAUAGACACUUUGGAUCAACGGAUUACAAUCAGCAUAGCAGUCGAUCACAUACAAUAUUUCAAAUGAUUAUUGAAAGUCGAGAUCGAAAUGCUGCAUCAUUGGUACCCAGUCCAGAACCGAAACCUGGUGUACUGGCAGGUCGACCUUCUCCUUCCGCGUCGAAAUCAUCGAGACCAUCCGCCACCGCAUCAACAGGAACCGUGACAAUAUCUCAAUUGAAUCUCAUUGACUUGGCAGGCUCAGAAAGAGCAGCGUCCAAUGCUGAACGACGAGCUGAAGGCUCGUUCAUCAAUAAGUCAUUGUUAACUCUGGGCAAUGUGAUUGCCAAAAUUACAGAAGACAAGGGUGGUCACGUCCCAUUUCGAGACUCGAAACUUACUCGAAUACUACAAUCUUCGUUGACUGGUCAAGCUAGAAUUGCUGUCGUUUGUACAAUAUCACCAACAACUGCCAACUUUGAGGAAUCUCACAACACACUCAAAUUCGCAUCUCGUGUGAAGAAAGUAGUAUCACGAGCAUCUCAAAAUCAAAUGAUGGAUGAGAAAGCUCUGAUUCAGAAAUACAAGGGAGAGAUUCAAGAACUUAGAGAGCAACUCUUUAAUACUAACGAGUUGCUUGAAAUGGAACGACAGAAGGAGACUGUAUCUAUCAAAGAAGAAAGAUUAUUGUUUCAGGAGCAGUUGCAUGAGAGUCAGUUGGUGCGAACUGCUCUCAAGGAACGAAUAGAUCACCUUACAAAACUCAUUUUGACCUCAAGCAAUACGACACCUAAAGCUAUAUUGGAUUGGAAUCAUACUGAUAAGAGGCAAUCAGUCAUUGUUGAAGGCCUACUACCUCAAUCUGCCAAAUCGCCAACAGCACCAAAUAGCGGACUAUUACAAUCGCCAGCAGAAAACGAUUCUACAACAACACCAACAUCUCGCCAAACAUCCCAAGAAGAUAUAAUAGCAUCCCAACAGCAUACAUACUCGACUAUAGGCACCACCACCACAUCAGAACUCGAGAAAACGAUUACAGAAUUGAGACAAUCGCAUUCAUCCAACCCGCAUCUAGCAGCCAUGCUAAUAGACCUACAAUCCAAUCCGAAACUUACCUUACUCGCACUGGCCCAAACACGCAUGGACUUGAUUGAAGCACGACGAGAUAGGGAAGAAUUAGAAUUAUGUGUGGAAGAACAGCAAGAAAAGAUUGCUUCUCUUGAAUCUGGUGGUGGUGGAAGCGGUGGUAGUGUCAGAGAACAUUAUCAGCCAGUCCGGAAAUCAUCUAUAGGCGGCUCAUCAGUCAAAUCAUCAGGUACAACAGAUGCACUGGAUGAAGCUCGAGAGCAGAUAUCAGAGCUUGAAAUACAACGUAAAAACUUGCAAUCUCAAGUCAUUGAAUUGAAGGAUCAUGUGAGAAGGCUUGAGCUGGCGCAAUUUGAACAAUUAGAGUCACAGGCUAGAGGGGAGGAAAAUGAGCAAGAGUCUUAUUAA